AUGCAGGUUUAAUAAGAUACAGAUGGCGUUAAGCCUCCUAUUACUCAUAUCGCUAUCGAAAUGAAAUAGAAGGAAUCCAUCAAUAACAAUGUGAAUAAUGACUAACCUUAAAACCCCUAAAGCUUACAUCAUAAGAAAUUUUAGUUUACAUAGGAAGAAUUAAUAGCAAAAGGGAAAACAAAGUAUCAUGAAAAUAAUGAGGUUAAAGCUGGAUUUUUCUCAUUUUUGACAUUUUUCUGGACUUAAGGAAUUAUGUCUAUGGGUGCAAAGCGUGAAAAGGAAAAGAAGUAUUUGCAAUAGGAUGACUUGUAUGAUUGUAGACCAAAAGAGCAGCCUCUUUUCGCAUACAAUUUUAUGGAAGAGCAUUUAAUUUAACAAAUAAGAUCAUUAGGAAGAUAAGAUCUACACGAUGAAGCUGAACACGUAAAGAAGAUGGCUGAAGAAAAACUGUUUAGAAGGUAAAAUGGAGAGAAGGGAACCAAGCAAUAAGAAAGACCUUACAAAUAAAGAAAAAUAGUAGAAAAAGUAUUGAAAAUUUUAGGUCUAAAGACAUUUAUCCUUGCUUGUGUUUUGGCUACAGUAGCUAAUUUACUGCAGUUUUCUGGCCCACUUUUUCUUAAUGAAAUUCUUAAAUACAUUUAAUCAUCUAGCGAUGAACCUAAAUGGCAUGGAUAUUUAUGGGCAAGUUUACUUACUGUUUGCUAUCUACUUAGAACAUUCAUUCUUUAACACUCUUUACACUUGAUUAACUUCACUGGUUUGCAAGUUUUAAAUGCCUUGAGCAGUUCGAUUUACACAAAAAUUAUGAGAGUUUCUUCAUCCACCAGAAAAUAUUUUGACACAGGAAAAACUAUGAAUUUAAUUUCAGUUGAUUCUCAAGCAGUAUUCUAAUUAAUUAUGUUGGGAACCUUCUUAGUUUCUUCCCCAAUCAUGGUUGUUGUAAGUAUGGCCUUAAUUAUUGUAUAAAUUGGCCCUAUUGGUUUAGUUGCUCCUGUUUUCUUUGUUUUUGGAACAUAUCUUUAAAAGAAAAUUAACGCCGCUGCAUUUGCUUUAAGAAAAAUGCUACUCACUUUUACAGAUAAGAGAUCUAAAUCUGUGAAUGAAUUUUUUGAAGGAAUACGUAUAAUUAAGUAUUACGCAUGGGAAGACAUGGUUAGCGAACGUAUCUUCAAUAUUCGUUAAAAUGAAUUAAAAGGAUUGAUGAAAAGUUAAAUUUUAAAGAGUUUAAUAGAAGUCACUAUGAAUGUUACUCCUCUUUUAAUGAGUAUCCUUAUUUUUGGUUUGUAUGCAGCUAUCUAUAGCGAUUUCAAUGCAGCAAAAGCAUAUACAGUUUUGAGUUUAUUCAAUUUACUACUUAUACCUUUGAGAAUGGUUACAAUGGUGUUAAUGAUGUACUUAAAUGCAAAGGCUUCUAUGACUAGAAUCGAAUUCUACUUAAUGAGUGAAGAAAGAGAAGAAGAUGUUGUAAUUAAAGACGACCCAUCCUUAUAAGUCGGAGAAAUUGAAAUCAAUAAUGGAAAUUUUGCUUGGGAAUCAGUAACAGCUGCCAUUCACAAUGAGUAAGGCAUGAAGUUUAUGAGAUAAGGUGGUCCACCUGGAGGCUAGAAAAAACCUACACCAGGCAAUAAUGAGAAACCUAAAGGCCCUGGUUCAUAUUAAUAAAAUGAAACAUUAGCUACCCAAAAUGAUUAAUUGAUCCAAAAAGAAGAAGAUUUCAAUAAACUAACUCCACUUGAAGAGCUUUCUUUGAAAAAUUUGAAUAUUCUUAAAAACAUCAAUCUUAAAGUAAAGUCCGGAUAAAUGAUGGCUAUUGUUGGAUAAGUAGCUGCUGGUAAAUCCAGCUUACUUCUUGCAAUUCUUGGUGAAAUGAAAAAGAACACUGGUGAAGUCAAAGUAAAGGGAAAAAUAGCUUACGUUCCUUAAACAGCUUGGUUAUAAAAUGCUACUUUGAGAGACAAUAUACUCUUCGGAUAGCCUUGGGAUGAAAAAAAAUAUAACGAUGUUAUUGAUAGAUGUUAAUUGAGAUCUGAAAUAGAAAAUGGUGAAGUUCUUCCUGGUGGAGAUAUGACAGAAAUCGGUGAAAGAGGUAUAAACCUUUCUGGUGGUUAAAAGUAAAGAGUAGCUAUAGCAAGAGCUCUAUACUCUGAUUCUGACAUAUUUAUUAUAGACGAUUGCUUAAGUGCUCUAGAUGCUCAUGUCGGAAAGAAUGUCUUUGAUCUUGUUUUAAAAGGCGCCCUUAAAAAUAAAACAGUUGUUUUUGUUACUCAUGCUCUUCAUUAUAUGCCUGAAGUUGAAAGAAUCAUUGUAAUGAAGGAGGGUGAGAUCGUUGAAGAUGGAACUCAUGAAUAUUUAAAGAAAAAUGGCUAAGAGUAUAUUAGACUAAAUUAAUUAUAAGAAGAAAAGAAACAAGAAGAAGAGAAAUCAUAAAAAGAAAAGAGUAGAAUAUCUAAUAAAGAAGAUCUAGAAGUUGAAAAUGAUUAAGAAAAUGACGAGAACAAGCUUGCCGAAGAAGAAUAAUCUAUGAAUCAUGAUCCAGAUUUACCUUCAGCCGAAAGAAUAGAGCUAAAAAAUAGAUAAUCAGAAGUUCUUAGUCAAACAAAUAAGGUUAGAAGAAGAACUAUGGAAUCAAGAAAUGAAUCCGAAUAAUAAAAGAAUGAAGAAAAUAAAUUAGAAAUUAAGAAAUAAGUUGGUAAAAUUGUUUAAAAAGAAGAAAGAGCUACAGGUGCAGUACCAGGCUAUGUAUACAAAAAAUACAUUAAUUUCUCAGGUCUUAAAAAUACCUUGGUUAUGAUUACAUGCUUUUGCUUAGCCCAAGCUUUUAAAAUGGUUUCUGAUUGGUGGAUUGGUUAAUGGAGUUCAGAUUCAUAUGAACUUAAAACUGGAGCUUAUAUCGGAAUUUAUGCUAUUUUAAUUAUAUUCUCAGGUCUUUUCAUUUUCCUGAGAGGUUAUACAUUUGGUAUUUUCAGUUUAAAAAGCUCAUAAAACUUUUAGCAAUCUCUUCUGAGCAAACUUUUACACACUCCUCUUUGGUGGUUUGAUAUCACACCAACAGGUAGAAUUGUUGCUAGAACAAGUAAAGAUUAGGAUGACUUAGAUAGUAGUCUACCUUGGAAUAUGCAAUUUGCAGUAACUAACAUCAUAUAACUUAUUGCUACUUGCAUUAUGAUCGGCAUUAUUCUUCCCCUCUUCUUUAUUGUUUUCUUUAUUACUUUCUUCAUAUACGUCAGAAUUAUUGGAUAUUACCUUAUCACAGCUAGAGAAAUUAAGAGAUUAGAAGCCAACACAAGAGCUCCAGUUAUCUCUCAUUAUUAAGAAUCUAUCAAUGGACUUUAUGUUAUUAGAGCCUUUGGCAAAGAAAAGGACUUCAUUCAAAAAAUGCUUCUAAAUGAAAGAGAUUAUAUUAUCAGUUUUACAAAUAUGAACUACACUAAUAGAUGGAUUUCUAUUAUUACAGAGAUAUUUGCUUUAGUCAUAAUCAGUGGUACUGCAUAUUUCGGUGUUUUGAGUAAAUAAUUCAACUAUUAAAGCAAUGGUUCUUUGAUUGGUUUAGCUCUUACAUAUAGUUUCUAAAUUUCAGCUAUUUUAUCAUUUACUCUUAAGCUUAUUGCAGACACUGAAAGUGGCAUGAAUGCUGUCGUUAGAAUGCUUUAAUAUAUUGAAAAGAACCCACAAGAAAAUGACUGGAGAUCAUAAAAACCUAUUGAGAAAUGGCCUCAAUAAGGUCAAUAUUAGCUAGAUAAAAUCACCUAUAAAUAUAGAGAAGAAUUGCCCACAGUUAUCAAUGGUAUUUCUUUUGACAUCAAGAAUAAUGAAAAAAUUGGUGUUGUUGGUAGAACUGGAAGUGGUAAAUCUACUUUGACUUUAGGUUUGAUGAGAAUUCUUGAACUAAUUCAAGACAAUAAUGGAUAACUUGGUAAAAUUAGUUUAGAUGGAUAAAAUAUUAGAGAUAUUGGAUUACAUGAUUUGAGAGAAAAAGUAACUAUCAUUCCUUAGGAUCCUCUAUUAUUCAGUGGAACAAUUAGAUCAAAUAUCGAUCCAUAUAAAAAAUAUACUGAUUCGGAAAUAUGUGACGUUCUUUAAAAAGUGGAGAUCUGGAAUUAACUUGACUCCAUUCUUGAGAAAUAGUUAGAAAAAGAAAGUAAAGAAAAGAAAUAAGGUGGCUAACUUUCAAACAAUCCUAACUACUAGAUGGAGUAAAUAUAGAAGAAAAAAUUAGAAAUUGUUGUAGAAGGAGGAGGUUCAAACUUUUCUUUAGGACAAAGACAAUUGAUAUGCAUUGCAAGAGCUUUGAUUAAAAAACCUAAAGUACUCUUGAUGGAUGAAGCUACUGCCAGUAUUGAUGAAAUGACUGAUAGAUUAAUAUAAAAUAUGAUUAAAAAAGAGCUUACUUAAACCACAGUAGUUACUAUUGCACACAGACUGAAAACAAUUAUUCAAUACGAUAGAAUAGUCGUUUUAGAACUUGGUAAUUUGAAGGAAAUAGAAACUCCAUCAACUCUCUUAGAAAAUCCAAACAGCUAUUUCUGUAAGCUUGUUAAUUCUCAUGGCAAAUAAUUCUAUGAUGAAAUGAAAUUGCUAGCUAAGAACAAAGAACUUGAUGUCUAUUGA